AUGGUUACACAGGGCCCUUUUGCACUGCUUCCUUAUGAGAUCCUUGUUCUCAUUAUUUCGCAAGCCAUGAAACUUAGCUUCCAACAUCACAUCUCCACAAGCAAUGAGUACAAGGAGUACAAUAAAAAAUACUACGAUUCCAAACCAGAAGACCUUUAUGUUUGCAAUUUUGAUCAAAUUAAAGGCUUGACUUUUACUUGUAGAAGAAUCUACAAUGUGGUGCGAACCAUCAUUUAUCAAAACGUAUUGAUUGGAAUGUCGAAUGUAAACAAAACUUAUGCUCUACCAAAGGGAUCUAAUGUUGGUCAUCUUGAAAAUUUCUAUUUUUUUGAGCACCCGUAUAUAAAACUUGCUUACAUUCCAGAGUCCAUUUUGCAAACAGUUACUUUUCUUAGCAUUAACACCGAGUGCUGUGGGUUUUCCAGGAAAAAGAAAUCUCCUGUUUACUACAAAGUGUUGAAAGCUAUUUGUAAAAUUUUAGACUUGAAAAUUACUCCCAAUUUGAAGUAUUUAAAACUGCUUGUUCAUACUAAAGAAAUUGGAAAAAGACAUGACAAGUUUAUAGAGACCACCAGAAAAGCCGCACGUGCGCUUGACCUGCGACACACCACUGCACCUCUCGAGCUCCAUCUUUGCGUGUACGAUUCUGUCUCCAUAACCCAUUUCGACGACUCCUUUUUAAAAUUCGUCACAUUUCUCACUCUAUACAAGGGUCUUCGCCAAGAUUCAAAUGUGGUUGCAAUUAAAAAAAUCCCAAACCUUCAAGAGUUUUUCUGGGACUCAACAAGAAAGUAUAACGAAAUCAUAAGAACAUUACUUCCAAGAAAUUUGGGGACCAAUGGCUAUAAAUCUCGUACAACCAUAUGCUGUGUUAAAUCAAACUUUAGCUGUUGUUUUAAUAUUGCUCCUGUUUUAUUAAGCUGCUAUAAUAUCAAUGACGCCCAUAUGUUUAACCUGUCUUCCUUGACUAGCCUUUAUUUUACUGACUCAAAGUUCUAUUCUGGUGGCUCAUGCUAUAAAGGAAAAGAGCUAUGCAAUUUAAAAAAUUUUGGUGCUCGUAUUAUCCACAAGGAAAUGUUUUCUGUUGUUAAAACAAUUCUAAGUGAUUCCGUUAUCAGAACCAAGAUUGAGCGGCUUUAUAUUGAAGAGUCAAAUAAAAAAUAUCUCUAUAUAAAACAUCUCGCACCCCUUUUACUACAAAUGACAAACCUUCAAGGGGCCCAUUUUUACCAAUCCAUGGUUUACGCUUACACAAAGGUAGACUAUAACUACUUUGAGCUUUUCAAAUGCUACACAUUGAACCACCCAUCACUUUUGUUUCUUACCAUCCCGGUUGUUCGCGAUAGCCAGAUGGCUCCAGAGUUUGACCAAGCCGUUAAUUUUGUCCGCCACAUGUGCACAAAACGGAAACUGCUAAUUCCCUCUGAUUCUUCAAAAUGUCAGUUUAAACUACGCUUUUCACAUGCUGUAGACACACGUCUGACCCGAGCCAAAGUUUUGCAAAAUGUGCCUGAAAAUAGCAGCGUAGAGAUUGAUUCGUGUAUCAAGUCAUUUUCCCCCUUUGACAUUUUUGGGGAGUCUUUUGGGAUUUCAGAGUUUAACUGCAUUCGAAUGGAUGAAAGAAGAGAAACUUUUUAUAAAUACAUGCCAAUUAAACUGACAAAAGUUGUUACAAUCAACACACAAAGUGUAUUAAAACAGUUUUGGUAG